AUGGACGAUCAUGAGAUUCCAUUCACUCAUCAAAUCAGACUGAUUCUACUAAGAAUCAGUUCUUGGCCAGUAUUUCACGUUUUUAACUGCUUUCUGCUGGUAAUUUUUGGUGUCUGUAUCUGCACCUACAUCUUCACAUCAUGCCGUUUCUACCUUAACAGCAAGAAGAACCGCCAAUUUCGAGGAAAUGAGCCGCCUACUUUGGCAUAUUGGUUGCCAUGGGUUGGUAAUGGCAUUCAGAUGAUCAGAGAUCCUCAUAAGUUCUAUGAGGAAACACUUGCCAAAAGACCAACAAAAGGACCAGUAACUAUGCGCCUAGGUCCCAUUUCCAUGUACCUCGUUAUGGGCGCCUCGAACAUCCAAGCAAUUUUUCGACAGUCUAGCAGUCUUUCGUUCGAGUUUAUGCAGCUGCGGAUCGCACACAAGGUCAAAGGUCUUCCAGCCAGCGAUGUCGCCCUUCUGGGGAUGGACGACUCAGGGGCUGGCACUCUCAACCAGUCUGAGACCGGAGUCGUGGGGAAAGGGCGCAUUUGGCACAUACUCCAUGGGAUAUACCUCAAGAACCUUACAGAAAAGUCUGCCGUAGACUUUCUGACGGCCAAAUUUGUCUUCGAGUUUUCCGAACAGCUCAAGACUUGUCCAGAGGGCGCAUCAGCCCCAGCGGUUGUCGGCUUAUACGAUUUCCUACAGACGUACCAAUUCGCUGCAUCGACAAUCACUUUGGUCGGUCCGCGAAUUCUCCAAAAGGGCUCGUUGGAAGCCAAGACAUUCUGGGACUACGAUGCUGCCUUCAUGACACUCAUGCAAGGGCUACCAAAGCUAGUGUGUCGCAAAGGCUGGGCAGCGCGCGACCGCACUCUUGAAGCCACCAAAGACUGGCUCGCGGCAGCAACUGCUGGUUGUCCUCUAGACAGCGAUGCUGACUGGGAAGAGAACUUUGGUCACAGGCUCGUGCGUGAGCGGAAUGCUGCACUCGCCGACUACGGUAUCAGCUUCGAAGGACGUGCGGCAAUGCAUAUGGGCCUGAUUUGGGCCAUCAAUGCUAACGCCGUUCCUAUGACCGCCUACAUGUUAUUCGAGAUGGUCCAAGACCCGCAACUCCUCCCAAGAAUCCGCGCCGAGGUCAAGACCGCCUUAGUCGUGGGUACGAAUUCGACAUCGGUAUUCGAUAUCGAUAUCACGAAGCUAGCGGCUCUGCCUUUGCUGAAUUCCGUUUACAACGAGUGCCUGCGUCUGCGCUCGAGCAUUCCCAUCUCGCGGCGUCUGCGGCAAGACAUCGAGAUUGACGGAUACACACUCAAGAAGGACAACUUCAUCCUGGCACCCAGUUGGCUAUCACACAUCGACGAGGCAGUAUGGGCGUUCCCAGGCCACCCAGCACGCACCUUUUGGGCCGAGCGUUUCUUGCAGCCAGAAAUGCGCAAAGUCAAGCUGGGCGACUACUGUCCGUACGGUGGUGGGAGCGUCAUCUGCCCUGGUAGGUUCUUCGCCAAGCAUGAGAUUCUAGCGGCGGUUGCGAUGAUGGUCACCACUUUUGACAUGGAGUUCGUGCGCUGGUCGCGUUUAGAUGGGUCACCGGCGGACAGAGGUCCGGGCAUGGAGGGGGCGGAGUGUCGAGGUGUUGUAAGUCUCGAUAGAGAUGCUACGGUGAAGAUGCAGAAGCGGAAAUUGCUAUGA